AUGAGGUGUUCUAAAGGUCGAGGUCAAAAAUCGUUUAAAGGAUACAUCGCAGUAUUUGUAUGCAUGUCCACAAAAGCAAUUCAUUUAGAAGCAGUAAGCGAUUUAUCAUCAGAAGCAUUUGUAGCUGCACUAAAAAGAUUUUUUUCAAGACGCGGAAAGAGUGCACAUUUGUAUUCAGAUAAUGGCACUAAUUUUAUUGGCGCAUUAAAAAAAUUAGAUAAAGAGUUUGGAAAUGCGAUCAAAAAUAAUACUUCGAUGGUACCAAUUCUUGCAGCAGAAAAAAUUAAAUGGCAUUUUAUUCCACCGGCAAGUCCGCAUUUCGGCGGUAUAUGGGAAGCUGCUGUAAAAUCAACAAAGUAUCAUUUGAAGCGUGUAAUAGGUGAAACAAAAUUAACAUUUGAAGAGAUGACUGCACUUCUAAAUCAAAUUGAAGCAGUACUCAAUUCUCGACCGCUCUGCUAUAUAAGUAGCGAAAUUGACAGCAUUGAUGUUCUUACACCUGGACAUUUUUUAAUAGGUCGUCCAAUAUUAGAUGAACCAGAAGCUGAAGUUAAAAAUAAUAUAAGUUUAGUAGACCUUUGGAAACUUUUACAAAAAAUUAAAACAAAUUUUUGGAAAAAAUGGAAGGAGGAAUAUGUCACUUCUCUUCAAAAACGAAACAAAUGGUUUAGAGAAAAACCAAACCUAGCAGAGGGACAAGUAGUAAUCAUUAAAGAUGAAAAUACCGCACCUACUAGAUGGCCACUAGGAAAAAUAACAGAAGUAUAUAAAGGCAAAGAUGGAAAUGUACGAGUUGUAGAGCUUAAAACAAAAAAUGGAAAAUUAAAAAGACCAAUUCAUAAACUUUGCAUUUUGAUGGAUUCUGACACGAUCUAUGACCAACAGCAAGCGAAUGCAGAAGAAGCUCAUUGCAAUUUAAACAUAAAAUCAAAUUGAAAGCAGCAGUAAAAUCAUCAGUUGCGUCAGUACAUGAACUAAAUAAUAAAACAACGUUAUAUUUGGACAUGAUGGGAGAAGUCAGCUCAGAAAUAUCAACAUGGAAUUUAAUAACGUA